CACGGCGGCGCCCUUAAAUAGCAUCCGAGCGGGCGCUGAACAGGCAGUGGGCUGUGGUGACAGCUGGCGGCGUAGCGGCCGGCCAGCCGAGGAGAAUUCAGCUUAGGGAGCGACCAUCACGGGACGAUGCAAGCCCACGAGUUGUUCCGGUAUUUUCGAAUGCCAGAGCUGGCUGACUUCCGACAGUACGUUCGCACGCUGCCGACCAACACACUCAUGGGCUUCGGAGCUUUUGCUGCCCUCACCACCUUCUGGUACGCCACGAGGCCCAAAGCCCUGAAGCCACCAUGCGACCUCUCCAUGCAGUCUGUGGAAGUGCCGGGUAGCGAUGGCGCUCGGAGAUCCCCGCUGCUGGAUAGCGAUGAGCCCUUGGAGUAUUUCUACGAAGAUGUCAGAACUUUGUACGAAGGCUUCCAGAGAGGCAUCCAGAUUUCAAAUAAUGGCCCUUGUUUAGGCUCUCGGAAGCCAGACCAGCCCUACGAAUGGAUUUCAUACAAACAGGUUGCCGAGAUAGCCGAGUGUGUGGGCUCAGCGCUCCUCCAGAAGGGCUUCAAGCCUUCCUCGGAUCAGUUCAUUGGCAUCUUCGCUCAGAACAGACCCGAGUGGGUGAUGAUUGAACAAGGAUGCUUUGCUUACUCUAUGGUGGUCGUUCCCCUCUAUGAUACCCUUGGAAUGGAAGCAAUCACCUACAUAGUCAACAAAGCUGAACUCUCUCUGGUUUUUGUUGACAAGCCAGAGAAGGCCAACCUCUUAUUAGACAGUGUAGAAAAUAAGUUAACACCAGGCAUUAAAACCAUCGUCCUCAUGGACUCCUAUGGCAUCGAUCUGUUGGAACGAGGCAAAAGAUGUGGCGUGGAAAUUAUCAGUAUGAAGGCGUUGGAGGACCUGGGAAGAGCCAACAGACAGAGGCCCAAGCCUCCGGCACCUGAAGAUCUUGCAGUCAUUUGUUUCACCAGUGGAACUACAGGCAACCCCAAAGGAGCACUGAUCACUCAUGGAAAUAUAGUGAGCGAUUGUUCAGCUUUUGUGAAAGUCACAGAGAAUACAGUCAAUCCUUCCCCAGAUGAUACUUUGAUAUCUUUCUUGCCUCUCGCCCAUAUGUUUGAAAGAGUUGUAGAGUGUGUAAUGCUGUGUCAUGGAGCUAAAAUAGGAUUUUUCCAAGGAGAUAUCAGGCUGCUUAUGGACGAUCUCAAGACACUUCAACCCACAAUCUUUCCUGUGGUCCCUAGACUGCUGAACCGGAUGUUUGACCGAAUUUUUGGGCAGGCAAACACCACGCUGAAACGGUGGCUGCUGGACUUCGCCUCCAAGAGGAAAGAAGCAGAGCUCCGCAGUGGCAUCAUUAGAAACAACAGCCUGUGGGACAGACUGAUCUUUCACAAGAUACAGUCGAGCCUGGGAGGAAAAGUCCGGCUGAUGAUCACGGGAGCCGCGCCGGUGUCCGCCACUGUGCUGACGUUUCUGAGAGCCGCGCUCGGCUGUCAGUUUUAUGAAGGCUACGGACAGACCGAGUGCACCGCCGGCUGCUGCCUGACUGUGCCUGGGGACUGGACAGCAGGCCAUGUUGGCGCCCCAAUGCCUUGCAACCUUAUAAAACUCGUGGACGUGGAAGAGAUGAACUACUUGGCUUCCAAGGGCGAGGGCGAGGUGUGUGUGAAAGGGCCAAAUGUAUUUAAAGGCUACCUGAAGGACCCAGCAAAAACAGCAGAAGCUCUGGACAAAGAUGGCUGGUUACACACGGGGGACAUUGGAAAGUGGCUUCCGAAUGGUACCUUGAAGAUCAUCGACAGGAAAAAGCACAUAUUCAAACUGGCACAGGGAGAAUACAUAGCACCUGAGAAGAUCGAGAACAUCUACGUGCGGAGUGAGCCUGUCGCUCAGGUGUUUGUCCACGGAGAAAGCUUGCAGGCAUUUCUCAUAGCAAUUGUGGUACCAGAUGUUGAGACAUUACGUCCCUGGGCCCGAAAGAAAGGAUUCGAAGGUUCCUUUGAAGAACUGUGCAGGAACAAGGAUGUCAAAAAAGCCAUCCUGGAGGACAUGGUGAGGCUUGGGAAGGAUUCUGGCCUGAAGCCCUUUGAACAGGUCAAAGGCAUUAGUCUUCACCCUGAACUAUUUUCCAUCGACAACGGCCUCCUGACCCCAACGAUGAAGGCGAAACGGCCUGAACUUCGGAAUUAUUUUAGGUCACAGAUAGAUGAACUUUAUUCCACCAUCAAAGUUUAAUGCGAGGACGAAGGCGCCCACCUCCGCCGUCUCCUGGAGCUGCUGGCCUUUACGGCGGUAAUCUUGACUAGAGCGCGCAUAGGAAAGGGAGCGCCCAUGUUUGACUUGUGCAUUCGGGGUUCUCGUCAUAGGAACGUUAGAGGAAAUGGAACACUGCCUUACAGUCACCUCCUGUUGCAGACCGUGUUUAUGGUGAUACAAAAUUUCCUAAAUGAGCCUUAAAAUUGUCAAGGGGAAACUAUCCAUGGGCUAAGUUAUUUGAGACUUCCUCGGUAUUAAAAAAAAAAAAAAAAAAAGACGGGUGAAAACUUCUGUCUCCCUGUUUUUCUAAGGGGUUAGGACUUUGCUAUUUCCGAGAUGUCUGCUGCUUGCUGCAAAUCCUGCAGGUGUUCUGCUGCUCUGCAAAGUACAGUGCACUGGAGGGAAGCUGUCCCUUAAAAGCAACGACUGUCCCAGCUGGAGGACGUCACAAGUGGACCAGAGAUUCUUUCUUAAUCCCUGCCUCCUCCCCUUCCCCGCCUCACACGCGCUCCGGCCCGGUCUCAGAGCGGCCGUGCUUCUCCACGGUCCCUCUUAUCCCGGAGGAACAGAAGGUUCCCGGCGAAGGAGAGAACAGAUCCCACUCAGACUAGCACAGACGCCGGGUCUCCGAACGGCUGCUCACCUGAGCAAACGGCUUCCGGUGCCCACAAGAGCAGAAUGUUCUCAGACCCUCUUCUCCAGACCCGAUUCCCUCCCCUCUCCCUGAUCCCUUCCCAGGGGUUAUUAAAAUAUCUGCCUCAGACUCUGCAGUGAAGACAAGCAUUUCAAGAAGGAAAUAAUUACCUGGAUCGACCAUGCUCAACUGUGACGCCUAGUGAACUGUCCCCUUGAUCUCCGCCGAGACAGUCAUUCUUUGUGAUGGCCGUCGGAUUUUUAAUGUGGUUUUCAUAUCAAAAGAUUGUGUUGUGAUUAAGUGGUUUUCCCCACCCCCAGAUCAAUUCUCAGGCAGGGCAUGUCUUUAAGCCUAUUAAGGGAGUAGGUACGCUUGGGCACUUACCGACGUGGACAGUGAGAACGAAGGCUCUUACAGUGCUACCUGAUUUUUAUGAAAUGUGUUCGACAAGCCAAAAUUCUAGCGCGUAGAAAUCUGGAAAACUCAUUUUCUGGGAUUCACUUCUCAAGGGAUUUUGUUUUGUUUUGUUUUGUUCUUCUAAAAGUUAAUUUGGAAGUUAGCUGCAUUUCACUUUGCUGCAAGUCUUUGCCACGUGUGACCGAAUGAGGUUUGUCCUGUACACACUGAAAGCAGCUGGUUUGGGGUUUUGUGUCUUACCUGAGCACGACAGGGUUGGCACUGAAGGGUUGUCACCGUAGUAACACUAUUGGGUAGCCUAACUUCAUCCGUGUGUUCUUCAUUGCACAAAAAGUCGAUAAUUUGUCACCUUGGGGUUUUGAAUGUUUGCUUUAAGUGUUGGCUAUUUCUAUGUUUUAUAAACCAAAACAGAAUUUCCAAAAAACAAUGAAGGAAACCAAAAUAAAUAUUUCUGCAUUUCAAGGGA